CGCACGCGCAUUGUCAAACCAUGCUUUAAUGCUAUUUUUUUUUUAACAGUCGUUCCGUCAAAUAACGUUCAAUGUGCGCUAGAGUAGGAAUUUUUAAUAGGAGAUAAUUCAUUCGUGUAAUAAAAUUAAUAAGCAAAGUAAAAUUAUCAUUGUAAUUGUUAUUACAACUGUUUGCAAUAAUGGCUGGUAUUGUACCACUGUCUGGUAGACCUGGUAGAAAACAAUGGACACUGCACGAUGGACCUCGGGGCUCUCUUAGAAGAUUACGGUCUCAACUGGCUGAAGAUGGCUGUCCAGAAUCUCAAGUAGUUUUAGCAAAACAGCUUUUGGAAGAAAGAUGUGACUUAGAUGUUGAUAAGGAAGAAAAUGCAAAAUUGGGUGUAUAUUGGCUUACAAAAGCGUCAGAGCAAGGAAACUUGGAAGCAACAGAUAUUCUUAGAAAAUGUUUAGCCACUGGCCGUGGCAUUACAGAACAUAAUUAUUAUGAUGUAAAAAACUGCCUUGAUAUGACUCAAGAUGAAAAACUAGCAAGAAGGGCAGCAAGAGAAAUGUUUACUAGUCUUUCAAAUGGUGAGGAUUUUAUCACAACAGAGCAGCUACAAAGACGUAUGAGAGAUUUAGCAUCAAAUUCAUCUAAUGCAAGUUGUUCUGGCUCUAACAAUAUUUUACACAGUAACUCACAAAAGGAUGAGAAUGAUUCUUUAAAUGAUAAGUUUCCCAAAAAUGGUCUUCCUGAAGGUUCAGUGCCCAAAAAAGAUGAAGAAAAAGACAAUGAUAUCCAUGAUUGGAUGGAUCAUCGAGGAGAGAAAAUCACAGAAGCAGCUCUGGUUUCUGCUGCUGCUAGUUAUGCUCGUGGUAUGCUUCCAAUAGUUUCACAUGCUCUGUGUAUGGUAGAUUCGUCCCAAAUGGUACUAGACACUAUACCAUUACUACAAAGGCCUCUCAUUCAUCCUCUAGCAUCUUUAAAACGUCUUUACAUUUGGUUGAUAGAAACAUUAGGUCAGAGGGGGAUGUCAAUUAAAAAAAUUCUUUUUACAUCGAAUAUACAUAUAUUAUUGUUACUUUUACUAUAUUCAUUGUGUGGCACUGAAAGCCUUAUACUUUUUAUACCAAUGGCCCUGUACUAUUUAUCUUUUAUUGUGAUGGUUAUCGCUACUUUUCAAAUGUUACAACGAAAACGCGAAUUUAAUCAUUUUCGCGUUUGGUCUGGUUUGUUUCUUAGUUACUCCGGUGGUAAUUUGAAUCCUGAAGAGGCAGAGUAUCAAUUCUGCUGCAAUAAUCUUAAACCAUAUGGUCAUUUCUUCCUUGCUUUACUUCUAAAUUUAAUGACCUAUCCUGUCAUAGCACAUCAGUGGACACCUCAGUCAGAAUUUACCAUCAUAGCAGUUUCGUUGACAUUAGUGACGUUAUUGAAUUUCAUGUGGAAAGAUUCCUCAAAGGUUCCAGACCUUUUAGCUCUCUUUAGUUUCGGUGUUCACGUUCUUGCUAAAUAUCCAUACGAAACCGAUAUCGUAGUUGCACAGGGCUGGAGAUUCUUAGAUAUAAGAGUACCAACAUUUGCUUCUUAUGUUGUGGGAAAUGGUAUUGAAUUUUGUUUAAAUUUUCGUGCAGUGUUCUAUCUUUUAAUUCCAGCGGUGUUUGCAAAAAUGGCUGCUAGGGACAAUUGGCGAGGAACUUAUCAAACUUUAAUACCUCAUUGCGUUACUUUAAGCUGGUGGCAAAUAGCGAUAUUUAGUUCUCAGGGUGCGACAUGGUAUGGCUUAAUUAGAGGUGCUCUCGCUUUAGUCGGUAUGGUUCUCUUUUUACCACUCGCUGGUUUGGCGUCUAUUAUUUUACCGAUUGUUGCUGCUGCUAAAUAUUUAUCGGACAGCGAUUUAGCAAUGAGGAUGGUCGUGACUGCUUUGUUGGGAGGAAUGCCAUUUCUUGCCUCAUGGUAUGUAAAGAAAACUCGAGCUCCUAAAUUCAAUUGGAUCAUCACUGUUAUCCAGUUGUUUAUGGGUAUCGGUGCUGGUAUGUUUUUAUCCUGGCCACUGAUAAUGGAGUACAAACAGGAAUCUGACACGUACGAAGUUAUUUCUACGCUUUCGUGGGAACAGUAUCAAAACCAUUGUCAUCAGCCUGCAUGGGAAGAAUUAUCGUCGAAGGCUCAGGUGCAAAUUCAGUGUGCAGAUUUAGAAGGAAUAUUUAUUUCGUGGGAAGGCUACGUAACAAAUAUUAAACUAAAAUCUAUAAAAAAUAACAUUGCAGCGAUAUUUGAUAGACUACCUGAUAGCGUUAGAAAUACAAUUAGCUGUAUGUACGGUGAGUCGUAUUUGAACUCGUGUGAUUCGAAUGAUGUAUUGCGACAGGAAAACUGUAAGCAGUUCGCGAGUAUUCAAAAGCGAAAAAGUAGAUGUCACUUUUCCUCGUGGAAUCAAUAUGAAUUUGAGAUUUCGGUGAAAAUGAAAAGUGGAAUGUGGGGAAAUGAUGCAGAAAUUUUGCUCAUAGCUGAUCAUUCUUUCACCAAUUUCAGUUUACGUAUAUAUCCAGGGGAUAAAAUAUGGUUUUCUGGCACGCUUUUAAAUAGCGGCCUGGAGAAAGAAUCCUUGCUGGGUGGGUCACAACCUCAUAUUGCAUUGGAAGAAAUUGGUUGCCUCGCUUGUCAUUCUAUCAACUUAAAAUCUUACAAACGCUAUAAUUAUCAUAUUACGUUUAGUUCGAUAUUAAGUGACCUUUAUCUAGGUAUAAAAACUGUUUUAAAUUUUUUGUUAAAUCCUAUCGUGAUGUUUAAAUAAUCGCGUUCUGUUAAAUCUGCAAAGUGUAUUGUAUCGCAAUGUUAUUUGAAAACAUUACGACAAACUUAUUUAGAGCGAAAUGAUACUCGAUAAUGAUCUUGAUUCCCAUUUCAAGGUUUUCAUGGCCCUUUUGAAAUGUAAUUGUUUAAGGAAUCAUCUAAAGGACCUCGUAACAAAGAGAAUUAUUGUAAUGACAAAGUUAAAACAAAGUGUGUUAAGAAGAAAGAAUGAAUGAACUUCGUUUCGUAGAUUUGAAAUAUCAGUAUUUUCUGCAACAAGAACAUAUGUUUAGUUGACUGUAAAAUGAAUUUUUAUUAGUGUUUACUUAUUUCAUUUUUAUUAGAAAUGUACGAUAUGAUUUAUAAAUUUAAUUGUUAUCUAAACAUUAAGGUAGGCUUUUAAAAGCAUUUGAUUUCUAUUUCUUUUCCAUUUACAUACGUCUGUCUAUAAAACAAACUACAUUUUGAUGUUACCAACACCUCAGGCAUUAGAAUUUCAUUAAAAACUCGUGAAGUAUCUACGUCAAAGAAUACACUUAUAUAUGUAUAUUUUAAGAUCGAUAUAUUUUCGUAAGUAUUACUGCCAGUAAUAGAGAUAUAAAUGCGCUUAAUAUUUUUCUAUUACGUUUUCGAAAAGUCGAAAGAGGUGGAACCUUUUCGAUUUUAUUUUAACUCAAUAGUAAAACACUACACGGUUUUUGUAAUAUGACGUUUUAACGAAAAACAUCAUUCACAUCUAAGUAACUAGUUCGAUUAACGUUUAAAAGCGAUGUGUAUGUACCAACGAAUGUGAUGCGCGUACCUAACAAUAUUAAUGUUUAGUUCUUUAGAACCUGAUACUGUAUCUUUAAAAUAUUUACAUAGACCUGGAAAAAUUGGAUGAAGUCACAGAACUAAUUUAAUCAUUGAAAUAUCUUUACUUAUGUAAACACUAUGUGAAUAUCAUAUGUAUUCCAAGUAGUAGUAAAGGUACAUAUAUAUACAUGUAUGUCGUGUAGGAGUCGUGACGGUUAUCGUUGAAUCGAUGUUAAAUGUCUAGACAUUUAAAAACAUAAACAAUUAAAAAAGUCUUACACUUGUUUAGAGUAACAAUGACAGUUACUUUACACAUCAUAUCAGGACAAUAGUAACAGAAAAAGAAAAAAUUAUAGUAAAAACAAAAGACAAAUAUAGAUGUGCCUUGAUGUUUUCUGUUCAAAUAAAUAUAUGUAUAUUUUAAAAAGUAAAACUAUUGUUACACUAAAAUGUAGCGUUGAAAAAUCUUAUAAAGUAACAGGGCAUGUAUUUUUAAAUUAUAUAUUUGUUUUUGCUUACAAUUGUUUAUGUUUUCUUGAAGGCAAUUUUUUUACACGAUUCAAUACAUUUUUUAGUUUUGCAUUUGGCAACAAAUGACAUACAUAAUUUUCAUAAAUAACAACAUUACGUUUAUUAACAAUUGUUUAUUUCAAGAGUUUGGUUCCCUUUAUAUUUUGUAUAAAAAGAUGUUGUAUGGUAUGAAAACACUCUACAACUAUUCCGCAUUAGUAAUGUUCGGUUCGUUUAUGUACAAAUAUAAAACCUACAUCAAUAAAGUCUUUUCUAUCGUAUCAAAUCCACAGAUACAAAUAUAACUUAAAGAGAGAAACAAGCUUCUCAUUAAAAAUCAUAUCAUUUUUAACGAGAAUAUUUGUUUUAAAUCAGUAUUUAAUCCACGUGUGAUGUUUUGCUAACAUAUUGUAGAUUUCAGGAUUCGAACAAAUAACUUAUUUAUCAUUCUAUCUUCUGCUCUUACAGUACAUUCUUAUCAUAAUUAUUACCAUGUCUCUCGUUGUAAACUGAUGCGCACAAAUUUAAAAAUUCAAUGUUACUAUUCCAAUUUCACAAUUUAACUAUUGCAAAAAUUAGGAGUAUAUUUGUUAGUAUUCUUCAUGAAAAUAAUUCAACUUAUUGAUAUAGAAUCUAUUGCAAUUUAAGAACAUGGAAACUUUGGUAAAGGAACUCUGCACUAUGCAUUAUUAGGACCAGAGUAGUAAAUGGCAUAAUUUGAUACAUCUUAUAACUACCACAACAGUUUAUACAUUAUUAAUAAUCAUAUUAUCUAUUGAUAUAUGUAUUUUUUGCUUUGAAAAUAUUUCUUCGACAUCAUUUUCCCAAGGAUCGAGAUAAUGUCUGCCAUAUCAAUUUAUAUAAAUAUUCGAAGAAACAGUCUUAUGAACAUUUUAUAACUACACCUUACUUUUAUAGAAAGAACAUCCGAUAUAAACGA